AUGUCCCGCCUGGGCUCCUGGCUCGAUGAGGUCCAGUGGCUGGUCUUGGUGGCUCUCUUCGUCGUGGCCCUGGGCACGGUGGGCCUGUACCUGGCGCAGUGGGCGCUGGCCAGGGCGCGACCCCGCUCCCGGAGGCGGGCGGCGGAGCCUGGCGACGGCCAGCGCCCAGAGUCGGAUGCGCUGCUCGCCUGGAUCCUGACUCUGAACAGCUGGAGGAGCCAGUGGCAGGCUGCCUGGGUGACCGCCCUGAACGAAGAGGCCAAACGGAAGGGGGGCCCGCUGCUUCUCUGCUUCCAGGAGGACCUGCUGCAGCCACCCCUGGAGCUGACCAUGCAGCAAGUCUCCAGCGUGGCCCGGUCGGCCCAGGAGAAGGUGGUGUUUUGUCGAGUGCUGGGCGAGGCCAUCCAGUUCCUGGUCAGCGCGGGGCCGCCCUCCUCUGAGGACACGGGGCGCUCGCUGUAUGGCGUGCGGCUCGCUCCGCUCCGUCUGCAGCUGGAGCUCCACAUGAAGGAGAAGAGGGAGGACAUUCAGAUCAAGUGGUCCUUCAUCAGCGCCCCAGAGAUGGCCAUCACAGUCCAGCCCAAAGUCCUCGGGGAGGACCUGGUAGCUGGGUCGGAGGCAGUCUCUGAGAGCCUCAAGGACAUCCUGAAGCACCUGGUUAGCUCUGCCUCCCCAUCGGUGGUUCUGAGCACCAAGUCUGCAGACCUGCGAGUUCAGCAUCUGCAGCGCACUUCAUCCACUCAGGAAUCCUGCCCUCCCAAACCUCCAAGGGCUCAUGAGCUCAAACUGUUGGUGAAGAACAUCCGAGUCUCGCUCCUGAGCCAUCCUGGUGCUUCAGGCAAUGUUAACCCAGUAUGUAUAGUUCGGCUGAAUGAUCCUGUUCAGAAGUUCUCCAGCACCCUCGCAAGAAACGCUACUGCCCUCACUUGGGAAGAAGAAUUCACCUUUGAGUUGAAUGCCAAGUCGAGGGAGUUGCACCUGCAGAUUUCAGAUGACGGGCAGUCCUCAGAAGCUCUGUUGGCGAUGACGACUGUCCCCUUGGAUUUGUUCAAGAAGCAGCCUUCCGGGCCUCAGAGCUUUACGUUAACCAGCGGGGCCUCCUCGGGCAGCUCGGCGUUGGGUUCAGUUACUGCAGAGUUUUCUUACAUAGAACCCGGUGAGGUAAAACCCUGGCAAAUGCCUCCACCUGUUCCUGCUGCAAAGAUAGAAAAAGACCGCACUGUGAUGCCAUGCGGGACCGUGGUCACUACUGUCACUGCUGUGAAAACCAAGCCUCGCUUCGACGCAGGGAGGGCGUCCCCGCUGGGCUCUGAGUCUCCCCUGAGGACACCUGUCAAGGUGAAGGUCAUCGAGAAGGACAUCUCGGUCCAGGCCAUUUCCUGCCAUGGUGCCCCCGUCAGCAAAACAUUCUCUUCCUCAGACACAGAGCUGCUGGUGCUGAACGGGGCCGACCCGGUGGCGGAAGUCGCCAUCCGGCAGCUCAGCGAGUCCUCGAAGCUGAAGCUCAAGUCCCCAAGGAAGAAGAGCACGAUCAUCAUAUCCGGGGUUUCCAAGACCUCGCUAUCUCAGGACAGUGACGCAGCCCUGAUGCUGGACUACGCAGCCUCCAUGGAUGGUGCCCGCCGAGAGGCUGCCCCCCAGGACCAGCCGGAGGCGGCUGUGACCUCUGCCCCGCCCAAGGAGGAGGAGGAGGCCCCAGUGGGGACCCUGCCAGCCCUGGAGCCCCAGGAGAUAGAGCUAGAUUCCUGGGACUUGGAGAAGGAGCCACCGGCUGGGGCGUGGGGUGGCCAGGCCCUGCAGGACCCCGAGGGGGACGAAUUGUCUGAGAGCUCCCUGAGUGUAUCGGAGUUGGAGCCAGCUGCUGCCAAGAAGCAUAAAGGAGGAAUUUUAAGGAAGGGUGCCAAGCUCUUCUUCCGCCGGCGGCACCAGCAGAAAGACCCCGGCCUGAGCCAGUCGCACAACGACCUCGUGUUCCUGCAGCAGCCUGAUGGGGCGCGGAGGAAGGGGGUGACACUCUCCCGGAUCCUGAACAAGAAGCUGCUCUCCAGGCACCGGGGCCAGAGCACCCUGAAUGGUGCCCCCUCGGACCCUUGCCCGUAG